UUCCGCCUGAGCUGUCGACGGAAUGGUGGCGUGUAGCUUGUUGUCGACGCUUGGAAUUUAAAUUAGGUAGACGCGAGGUUUUUUUGUUUUAUCCCACACGUCUUUCAACUUUUAUUUGAGUAGGAUUGUUCUUUUUGACAUGAGCCUUCCUCGUCUGAGACCAAAUCGCGUCGGUUUUACGAGCGGAUUGGUCAGCCAGCUCUCCCCUCAAAAUGGAGCCGUUGAGGAAACUUUCUCUUCCGCAAAGCCUGCACUACCUGGAACGGUCGCCCCGGCCAGACAACGAACCAUCACAUUGGACGUCAACUCGAACGACAUCGCGUCCAAAAACAUCCAUGCUGAAGUUGACGACGGCUCGCUGCCUUGCACUCCCGAAAUUUUGCCAGACCUCGAUAAACUGGCGUGUUCCGUCGCCGACGCGGCUCUAGAGGCGGACACCAGAGAUCUCAUCCACGACUCCCUCUCACAACUGCUCAGUCAGACGGAGACCCGGUGGUCAGAGAGCCCGGCACUGACCACUAUGAAGAGGGUCGUCAAGGGACUACUCGAAAAGCACAGAUACGUGUAUAAAGGAAUUAUCAGCAGGUUCACGGAGGACAAGCAGGGCAUCAACGAGAGCGUUGUGAAUGUUGUUUCAAAGAGCAUGUUUUCAGAUGGGAAGACCAACUGGGGUCGCAUUGCCAGCCUCGUGGCGUUUGGAGCAACAGUGUGUCAGUACCUGAAGGAGCGUGGGCAGACGGAUUGUGUGUCUAUGGUGUCUAAGGAAAUCUCUUCAUAUCUGCUCUUGGAGCAGCGGGACUGGCUGCUUCAGAAUAACUCUUGGGAUGGCUUUGUGGACUUCUUUCGAGUGUCAGAUCCUGAAUCAUCCAUGAGGAAUGUGCUAAUGGCAGUUCUUGGUGUUGCUGGUAUUGGUGCGUCAGUGGCCAUGUUGCUGCGUAAAUGACCAUGACUAGGGCUUCUGUGGGGAAGUUCCAAAGUAACUGUUUGUUUUUGGUUUCAGCGAAGCUCUUACUGUAACUACAUUUGAUUAGUUCACAAGUGUACUAAAUUCCUAUUUUUCUAGUGUUUGUAUGUAAAAUGUGUUUGAAAAGUCACUUUACUUGAUUCAGCUGAUAUUUUGUCAAAUAAAAUGUUCUUUCUUUCUU